CGCGGGUGCUGAAGCCAUAGCGCUGCCCCCCUCUUCUCGCCCCACGUCAGGCUAAGGAGGGGUUGGUGGGCGGGAGUGGAUCUGGCGAAGGUUUCCUGCCCCAAGGAUGGGCGCGUGGGGCCGGCUCUCUCCUCCCCCCGGCAAAUCAGCCCGCGAGGGUGGGGAAGGAGGGAGAGGGGCUUGCUUCGCCCGCUGAAAGUGGAUGAACCUCCCUCCCCCGCUCUCCUCCCCCCCGCCCCUCACCACCCCCAUCCCCUUCUCUUCCUCGCUCUCCGCGUGUGGAGCUGGCACCGGGGUGCGCUAGAGGCUGGACUCCCGCCUCUCCGCCGCCUGCUUUGUCGGGGAUGUUCUGAACAGCGGGGCGCUGCCCCGGGGACUCUCCGCUGUGCGCCCCUCGCCUCCCCUGGGGGCCGCUUUUAACACAUUUGCGGAUUGAAGACCCCGGCCGGCGUGCUGUGUAAAGAAAAUCUUUAGCCAUGGAUGUAUUCAUGAAAGGGCUUUCCAAGGCUAAAGAGGGAGUUGUGGCAGCAGCAGAAAAAACCAAACAGGGUGUGGCAGAAGCAGCAGGAAAGACGAAAGAGGGCGUUCUCUAUGUAGGUUCCAGGACCAGGGAUGGAGUUGUUCAUGGUGUCACAACAGUGGCUGAGAAAACCAAAGAACAAGUGUCUAAUGUCGGGGGAGCUGUGGUGACGGGAGUGACGGCAGUAGCGCAGAAGACAGUGGAAGGAGCAGGCACUAUUGCUGCAGCCACUGGCUUAGUCAAGAAGGAUCAGCUGGCCAAACAGAAUGAAGAAGGAAUCUCGCAGGAAGGAAUGAUGGAUAAUACAGAUAUGCCAGUGGACCCAGAUAAUGAGGCUUACGAAAUGCCUCCUGAGGAAGAGUAUCAAAAUUAUGAACCUGAAGCAUGAAAAUCUCUUCCCUCUUUCUAUCUUCUGAAAUCUACUAACAAAGACGUCCUGUCCUUUACAAGUGCUGAGUUCCAAUGUGCCCAGUUGUAAAUUUUUUUUAAUUAUUUUAUUAGUUUUUAACAGUGUAUUUUGAAGUCUUCUAUCAGCAAUGAUUUGAGUGUCUGGGUCUGCACCCAGCUUUCAUUUCAGUGAUUCCCUCCCACUGAAAUGAAACAACGGGGUGGCAGGGCCAUUGUCGUGCUGUGGAUAUUGUGGCUUCAAGUUCUAAAAGUAUAAAAAAAAACAUU